AUGUCGCUGCUCUCAAAAAAGUCCUACUUCCCGAAGAAGCUCUCCGAGUACGAGAAAUUGUGCCUCGUGGGACUGCGGAACGCCUCCGGAAGGUCACUUUCUCCCGAUGAUAUGCAGAGUCUCUGCGUAUGCCAGGAACCUACUGCGUCAUGUUUCCUCAGGAAUUGUGAGCACUGUCCACAAGAUGGCAUUUUCACUUUGGAAAAUUUUGAUAUGAGCAGCGAGGACGAGGUGUUGAUUGCUUCAUGGGAAUACGGCGAGCUAGUUAAAAAAACUAUGACCGCUUCAUCAUUUAUGAGAGAAUUUCUAAGAAUGACCAUGAAAUGGAUUCCCCACAACUAUAUCAGAUCUGUGCAAGCAAAAGCAAUUCAUGAAGAAAAACAAAGCUGCGACAGAGGUGCAAUUGUUUUGCAUUUUGAUUUCGCCGAAAACUGGACAGUUGUGCUUCCAGACGCAGUACAAGCGUACCAUUGGCAGAAAAAGCAGGUCACCGUGUUUACCUGCGUUGUCACGUCAAGAAAAUCGACUCGGAACUACGCCGUUAUUUCCGACGAUAUGUCUCAUGAUUCAGCUCAUGCAUGUUUGGCUCUGUCAAAAAUCAAAGCACACCUGGAAGACAACGCGCCAAUCUACACCAAGAUAACACAUGUGAGCGACGGGGCUCCCGCUCACUUCAAGAAUAAAUAUCAGUUUCAUGAGCUACAACGCAGUGAAUGUCAAGAGACGAAAUGGAUGUUUUCGGCCACUGGACACGGCAAAAAUGCUUGCGACGGCAUUGGUGGGCUUGUGAAACAUCGAGCAUCACACCACAACUUGCGGAAGCCUGCAAGUGAGGCCAUACAAACAGCCAGCGGCUUCGUGGACGCAAUUCAAGGAACGCUAAAGAAUAUCACCAUUCUGGAGCUCCCACAGAGGGAGCUUGCAGACUUUCGCGAAAUGAAGAAGGAAGAAUGGAAAACGGCAAAGAAAGUGCCUGGAGUUCAGACACUCCACAUGUGGAAGUACGUUCGAUCAAAUGAAGGCAGUGCAUCCUACGUGGCAUCCACCGCUGCUUCGGAAUGGAAGAGACUAUGAUCUGGUUUGUGCUUCGGGCUGGACAAUGUAAUGUAUGCAUACCGAAGUCAACUGCUGCCGUUUAUUGUUACAAUUUCCUGAAUUGCAAUCUGCACAUAAAGCGGCAUGCCAUUUG